AUGGAUAAAACAAUUUUAAGUAAAAAAGAAAAAAUAAAGAUCGUUUGCAAAAAAAUAAAUAAUUUAAAGAAGAAAUUUUACAAUUGUACUGAACAUUUAAAAUGCGUUGAAGUCUUAUUUGAAAAAUCUGGGACAAAAUGUAUAAAAAAAAUAAAAAAAAACAAACAGUCCCCAAAUCGUGAACAUAAUCGCAAUUCACCAGCACCAAAGGAUAUAUUUUUUACUGGAUUUAUAAAUAAUUUAGAUUUUUUUAAUGCCAAAAAUUUGGAUGUAUUUUUUGAUAAAUGCUGCUUUUUAAAUAAUAAAUAUAAUGAUAAACAAAAAAAUAGUAACUUAAAUUUUAAUUCUGUCCAUAAGAAUCAAAAUGCGAAAAAAACAAAAUUAAAAAAAAAUAAAAAUGACAUUGAGGAAGAUUUGUCGAAUAAAAGUAAUAAUACAGAUCAUAAAAUAAUAUUUGAAUCUCCCAAAUGCAACAACAAAUAUAUAAAACUUAAUAGUAGGCAACCUGAUGAAAAUGAGAAAGAUUUUCAAGUCGAAAAUAAAAUGAACGAAAUGAAAAACGAUGAUAUUGAGAUAAAUGCAGGGAAUAUGUAUAAGCAAACUAUAGGAAUAUCAUUAAAUGAUUUAAAAAAUGAAAAUAUACAUUGCAUUAGUAAAACACUUUCGAAUGAAGAUAGUACUAAUGAUAAUAAAAGAAGGGAAACCAAAUUAUACAACAUAGAUUCAUAUAAUAAUAUUUCGAAUAAGCGACGAAAAUUAAGUGAAAUUACAGUCGAUAUGAAUGAUAUGUCUAGUGAAUUAAAAAAAAUUCCAAAACAAGUAUGUACACAAUUUUCGCUCGAAAAACAUCAAAAUUUAGAGGAAAGUUAUGAAAAAAAAGAAAAUUAUACAAGGGAUGAAGAAGAUCAGGGAAUAUAUAGUAAAAAUAAAUAUAUUAAAAAGCAAAAUUUAAUUUUAAAAAUAUCUAAUAUAAUAUUUGAAGGUAUAAAGGAUGAAAAAGGAGAAAAAACGAAUGAAAUCAGUUCGUUAUUUCAAAAUAAUACGAAAAGAUUCAAUCUUUUAUUUGAAAAUAUGGAAUCUAAUCAUGAUAAAAAAAAAAAUAUAGAUGACAAUAUAAAAAAGGAAUAUGAAUAUAUUGUUAAUCAAAUUGAUGUAAUAGUUAACACAAAAUCACAAGAAAAAUUGGAAAAUAAAAUAACAAACUAUCAAGAUGAUUUACAAAAAUGCUUAAUGUUUUUUAAUAAUAUUUUUUUGAAAUUAUCUGUACAUAUAAAUACAUUAUUUAGUACAUGUAUAGAACUGUUGAAAUGUGAUUUUUCACAGAUAAAUUAUUAUAAGGUAACAGAAUUGAAUAACUCACGAAAAGUUAUUAAUCUUAUUAAAAAAUAUCAAAAUCAUCAAGAAUAUGUUAUACAUUUUAGUAAAUAUCUUUUACAAAUAUGUAAAAUAUUUAUGUCGCGAAAUAAUAGUGAAUUUGGGGACUUUGAUGGAAAAUAUAUAAAAGAUAUUAUAUCAAAAAAAGAAAUAAAGACAAUAAAAAAUCUGAUUAAAAUUUUAAAUAGAUGGAACAAAAUAGACCUUAAUAUUUUAUUAAAAUUGACCCAAUAUAAAAUGGAAAAUAACACAAACAUUUAUCAACUAAAAAUACUUAAUUAUGAUUUAGUCAAACAUAAUUUUUUUGUGAAAAAAGGAGAUUUUUUGAAAUAUAAUAAUAAAAUUAUUAGUUCAUUGAAAAAUAUUUGUUCUUUGCUUUUUGAUGGGCAACUAAACGAGAAAAUAAAAAAAAACAUAAAUGAAAUCGAAGAAAAUAAUCAAAAUUACAGCACACAAUUAACUAAUGAAAAUGAUGAAAAUGACCAUGUAAAGGUUGCUCAAUCUUAUGAUUUUAGCAUAAACACUUUAUUAAACGAGUGUAACAUAUUUAGUAAAAGAAAUGAUUCAAAUGGAAAAAAUGAAAUAUAUCAAGGCCAUCGAAACAAAGACAAUAGCAGUGAAGGAAGUAGUAGCAGUGAUGAAGACAGUAACAGGGAUGCUGAUGAAAAUGAUCUUUAUUCAAAAUGCUUUGAUAAUAAGGAAACGGUGGAAUAUAAUGUUUGGAAAUACGAAAGAGAAAUGAAAUCAAAUGAAAUGAAAGUUAUAAUAAAUUUAAAUAAAAUAUUAACUCAUGAAAUAAAUUAUUAUGAAUUUAUAAGAAAUGCAACAAAAAGAGAAGUAGAUGAAAUAAGAAAUAUUUAUAUAUAUAUAAAAAAAAUAUAUAAUUUUUUAGAAAAAAAUAAUGAAAAGGGUUCCUCAUUUGAUUUACCAUCUACACAAAAUGAAUAUGUAAUAAUAAACAAAUUUCGAGAAUAUUUGUUAGAAUUGUCUAUAAAUAAAAAUAACAAAGAAAUAUAUAUGGCUAAUGAUACUGCACAUUGUGUAAAUAACAAAAAUAAAAAUAUUCCUGUAAUCAAUAAUGAAGAAAAUUGCCAUAUAAAUUUUAGUAUUACUGAUGAUUUUAGCUUAUUAGAAAAAUAUAAUAUAUACAAUAAUAAUAAAGUUGUUAAAGAUAAAUAUAGUAAAGAUGCUUUCGAAAGUUUUGAAACAAUUAAACAAAAUAAAUACAGCGACCGUUUAGAAGAAAACGAAGAAUUCAAAUAUAUUUCUUAUAAAAAUGAUAAUGACAUAUAUAAUUUAGCAAAUAUGAUAAAAACUAUUUUAGUGUUUAUAUUUAAAUACUACAUAAAGAGUUAUGCUACAACAAACUCAACAAUCUAUGAAGAAAAUGCUAAAAGUUAUUUAUAUACAGAUCAUGAAAAAUUGAUUGUAAAUCUUGAAGAAAAUAUUAAACAAAUUAAUAAAGAAAAUACAAAGAAUUCUCAGAAACUAGAAAUAGAAAAAAAAUUAGUUAUCAAUCUAAAUAAGGAAUUAGAGAGAAAGAAUAAAAUUAUUAAAGAGAUGGAAUUAUCCUUAGAAAAAUUGACCAAGGCAAAUAACGAGUUUCGUCUCCAAAUAGAAAAAGAAAAAAUUGUUAGCGAUUCAGUAUUUGAAGAGCUAGAAGCAGAAAAGGGAAGAAGUGUAAAACUAGUUGAUGAGUUAGAAACAGAAAAGGGAAGAAGUGCAAAACUAAAUGAUGAGUUAGAAACAGAAAAGGAAAAAAGUGUAAAACUAGCUGAUGAGUUAGAAACAGAAAAGGGAAGAAGUUUAAAACUAAAUGAUGAGUUAGAAACAGAAAAGGAAAAAAGUGUAAAACUAGCUGAUGAGUUAGAAACAGAAAAGGGAAGAAGUGUAAAACUAGCUGAUGAGUUAGAAACAGAAAAGGGAAGAAGUUUAAAACUAGCUGAUGAGUUAGAAACAGAAAAGGAAAAAAGUUUAAAACUAAAUGAUGAGUUAGAAACAGAAAAGGAAAAAAGUGUAAAACUAGCUGAUGAGUUAGAAACAGAAAAGGUAAGAAGUGCAAAACUAAAUGAUGAGUUAGAAACAGAAAAGGAAAAAAGUGUAAAACUAGCUGAUGAGUUAGAAACAGAAAAGGGAAGAAGUUUAAAACUAGUUGAUGAGUUAGAAACAGAAAAGGAAAAAAGUGUAAAACUAGCUGAUGAGUUAGAAACAGAAAAGGGAAGAAGUUUAAAACUAGUUGAUGAGUUAGAAACAGAAAAGGGAAGAAGUGCAAAACUAAAUGAUGAGUUAGAAACAGAAAAGGAAAAAAGUGUAAAACUAGCUGAUGAGUUAGAAACAGAAAAGGGAAGAAGUGCAAAACUAAAUGAUGAGUUAGAAACAGAAAAGGAAAGAAGUGCAAAACUAAAUGAUGAGUUAGAAACAGAAAAGGAAAGAAGUGCAAAACUAAAUGAUGAGUUAGAAACAGAAAAGGAAAGAAGUGCAAAACUAAAUGAUGAGUUAGAAACAGAAAAAGAAAAAAAUGCAAAACUAGCUGAUGAGUUAGAAACAGAAAAGGGAAGAAGUGCAAAACUAAAUGAUGAGUUAGAAACAGAAAAGGAAAAAAGUGUAAAACUAGCUGAUGAGUUAGAAACAGAAAAGGGAAGAAGUGUAAAACUAGCUGAUGAGUUAGAAACAGAAAAGGGAAGAAGUGCAAAACUAAAUGAUGAGUUAGAAACAGAAAAGGAAAAAAGUGUAAAACUAGCUGAUGAGUUAGAAACAGAAAAGGGAAGAAGUUUAAAACUAGUUGAUGAGUUAGAAACAGAAAAGGGAAGAAGUGCAAAACUAAAUGAUGAGUUAGAAACAGAAAAGGAAAAAAGUACAAAACUAAAUGGUGAAUUAGAAAGCGAAAAAAAAAAAUGUGAAGAAAAAGAAAAUAAAAUCAUGUCACAAAAUAAAGAAUUGGAGGAUAUGAACAAAAUGAGAAAUGAUAAUAAGGAUAAAGAAAGUCAACAAAAUGUAAAAAAUACAUUUUUUUCACGAUUUUUAAAAAAGUAUAAAAAAAAUAAUGGCAAUGACGAAAAUAGUAGCAGCGAAAGUAGUAGCAGCGAAAAUAAAAUAACAAACAGAACGAUGAAGAACUGCAAAUUUUUGAAUGAAAACGAAAAAGAUGAAUAUGGUAAUCUAUACUAUUCUCAUAUAGAAAGUGUUAUAAAAAAUGAUAAUUUAGAAAAAGAAUAUGAUAAAAUGAUUCUAGAUUUUAAUUCAAAAAUAGAUAAUUUUAAUAAAAAGGUGGAAUAUUUUGAUGAAAAAAUAAAAUAUUAUAAAAAUAUAUGUGCAAACUAUGAAAAAAAAUAUAUAUAUAUAAAUAAUUGUGUUGACAAGUUGGAAGAACUUAUAAUAGAUGCAGAUGAAAAAAAAGACAACAAAAAAAUAAAAAUAAAUAUACAGAAUAAAAUGGAAAAUUUAAAAAAUAUUUUAAAAGAAUUAAAAGAGAAUUAUAAAAUUGAAAUGAUUGAAACAGAUAGUAUGUUAUUUGAUGAAAUCUUAAAAGAAAAAAAUAUUUUACUAAAAAAAAUUCAUAAUUAUAAAAUAAGUAAUAUUGAUAAUGAAAAGAGUGAAGAAUUAAAAAAGUAUAUGAAAGAUAUGAAUUUUAAAACAAUUAAUGAUUUAUUCAUUUUUCAUAUAAAUGCUACAGAAGAAUUAAAUUUACUUAAAGACCAAUUUAAUCAAAUGAUGAAUAAUUGUUCCGUAAAAGACAAAGAACUAACUAUAUUAAAUGAAAAUUGUAAAUCCUUGUUAUUAGAAGUAGACAAUUUAAAAUCUAUUUUGAAUGAUCUCUUUUCUUACAAGGAAAACAAAUAUGAUACAAUAGAUGUCUCAGAAAAUGUAUAUGACCAAAAUGAAUAUAAUAGUGUUCAGGAUAAAAUCGAACAUAUUGAUUUAUCAGAAUAUUGUAAAUCUCGAUUAAAAAAUAAAGAAAAUUUGAAAAAUUUGAAAAUGCCAAUAGACAAGAAUCCAGAUAUUCUUUCAAAUAUAAAUAAUGAACUAUUAGGAAAUAGUAAUUCCCCAUUAAAUUCGAAUAAUACUAGUAAUGGAAAAGAAACAACAAGAAGUUCUUAUAAAUCCAAAAAACAAAAAACAUCAAAAAGAAGUAAUAAUAAACCAGUGUCUGAAGUUGUAAAUGAAAUUUCGCCUAAAAGAUAUCAACUAAGAAGAUCAAGCAGAAAUAAGUGA